AAUCCAUUUGAGUCUUCAGUAAACAGGAAUUUACUCUCCAAGAUAAAGAAUCCACAAAAUGAUACCAUUGAAGUUGGGCCUAGAGAUUAUAAGCUGACCUUUUCGUCUACCUCAGGACAACUAAAACAGAUGUAAAAUUCUAAAACUGAGGUUGAUGUACUAAUACAACAGAGCUAUCUCUGGUAUGGUUCAAGCACUGGUGAUUCUGAUUCUCAGGUUUCAGGGGCAUAUAUUUUCUGGCCUAAUGGGGCACCUCCAAUUGUUGUUUCAAGAUCAGUAUGCACUUUCUUGCAGUUCAAUGUAUAUAUAUGUUAUUAUUUAUUUUCUAUAAAAAAAUUAUAAGACCAAUUUAUGAUAAUAAGCUUUGAAAACAACAAAUUAACCAAGAGCUUCUAAUGGUUUUGACUUCUGAUCUGUUAUAUAAUUUCAUGCAUUUUACUGGUUCCACUAAAGGUCAUUUGUGGUAAUUUCAUGACUUCUGAUCUGUUGUAACGAUUUGUCUGUAAAAUUUUUAGUUUGACUGCUUAUGAUGGUCUGUAUUGCUUUUUUAAAGUAUAUUAGUAAGCUUUUAAAUAAUGCCUUAGAGGUGUUUGAAUGAAUGAUUCACUAAGAUAUAUGUGAAUAAUUUCUUAUCAGUGAGGAAAUUGGAUUUUUGGCCCUGAAUUUUUUCUUAAUGUUGAUUAUUUAAGAGUCCAUAAUUGUAAGUGUUAGUGUAAGACCCAUGUAUUUAUGCUCUUUAGCUAUAAAUAUAUAUAAAUGGCUUUAUGAGUGUGAAUGAGGUAGGUUUUAGUUAUAUAUAGUGGGAUGUGCUCUGUUCCAUAAUUUUUCAAAUAUUUCUGAAGAAAUAGUUACAGAGUCAAAUUGGACCAGUGAGUUAAAUGAUUUCAAGGAAGCAUCAUAGUAUCACUUUAUAUAAUUAAUUUAUGAUGUUCUGAUAAAAUUUCUGACCAUAGUUCAUACUUAUUAUAUAAUAAAUUGACAAGCUUUUACAUUAUUUUACAAGUAAUUUAUAUAAAAUAAAUUAAAUGCACUUCUUUAUUUUUAACUCCAUAUCAGCUUUAGAUGUCUUGUUUAGUUAUUCCACUUUGAAAGUAAAUGGGUUCAAUAGAAAGAGAUUGUGGGUUCUUUAUCAUUAGUAUAUCAACCACAGAGACCUCUUCUAGAGACAUCAUCAAGUAUGUUGUUGCCUUGUAUAGUUUUGCAUUGUUUUAAAGGUUUCUAUAAUUAGCAAUUUUGCAUUUCUCAUAUGAUAUUAUGUGAACAUCCUUUUGUAGCAUCUGUCGAUUCAGCUGCAACCGGACAUGCGAGUGGAGUAGAUUGGCAAGAAGAGGUUUACCAGAAGAUCAAAACAAUGAAGGAAUUGUACUUACCUGAACUUCAUGAAUUGUAUCAGAAAAUUGCUGGCAAAUUACAGCAGCUUACUCGAUGGUUUAAUGAAAGCAGUAAAAUCUAUGUCACCUAAGGCAUUGAGUGCUUCUGUCAGGGACAUUGGCUCUGUUGUCAGCAUGGAUGGUCAAAGUUGAGUACUAUAGUACUCUCUUGCAUAUCCUCAAAGUUGGUCAGCCAUAGAUUUUGAUGGCUAGAAUUUUCCAGUGAUAUGAAUUGCUGUGUGUUUUUUGACUUUGGAUUGAAGUUUUAGUGCCAUAUUGUGGAUACAUUCCUCUGUUUUCAUGUGAUUUAUUUUUCAUGCAUCUGGUUUAAAUUUCAAUUCUAUUACUAUUGAUCCUAAAUUAAGUUUAUGAUUUCAUGGAUUGUGUUGAAAUGCCUAUUCUCAAGUGUUCCCUCAUUUGCUUCUGCCUUAUUUUUGUGCAUGCAUAUUUAAUGUUUAUUUCUAUUCCUGUUAAUUUAUUGGAACAUAUAUAAUACAGUGCUAAUUGAAUAUAUAUAUAUAUAUAUAUAUUUAUAUAUAUUGUUCUGAGAACACUCCUUGCACUCAUGUCCAUGGUAUAUAUAGUUUCUCAUUGUUUUAAAUAUUGAUUUAUGUUUUUGUUUGUGUAUUUCUCUCUUGUUUUGGACAUUUAGCAUUAGCUAGUUAGAUUAAGUUUAUUUUGUUGACCCAAACUCUUAAGUCUCCUUGUUUUGAUGAUUAACAAAUAUUUGAUUAUUAUUUGUUACUAAUGAUCUGUUGAUUUUGUAGCAAAAACUAAAGUGAAUUAGCACUUCAAAGUCAAAAUUAUGACCAAGGGCAAAAUGGUCAUUUUACCAAGUUUUCCAGAAAUGACCCAAAAUGGACUUCAAGACUCAAGAAACUCAAGAUAAAGGUUUAACUUAAUUUCUUAGUCUUGUAAAGUGAUUGCAAGUAUACUUUAAGUCAUAAGUAUAGAAUUUGGCUCACUCACGCACUAAAAAAUGGUGAUUUUUUAAAAUGAGAAAUAAAUAUCCUAAAUUAAUUUUUAAGAAAAUACAUCCCGAUACGGUCGUAACGCAAUUGGAAUUUUUGAAAUCGGAUAAACGAGCUAAAAGUUAUAAAGAAUUGAAAAACGGGAAAAUCGGCAUAAUCUGAGUUUUGCUCUCUGUUUGCCAUCCGGAAUUCCGGAUGGGCAACCGGAAUUCCGGUUGCUUCCAACCGGAAUUCCGGUUCCCUCAUCCGGACUUCCGGUUCGCGGCAGACAGCUUCGAAAAUUAACUCCUAACGGCUAUAAACGGCUAGUUUUUUCCCAAACUCUAUAUAAACUCGUUUUUUUCUUCAAAUUGGUAGUUGGCUGAGCAUUUAUUACAUAUACCAAACCAAAUCCAUUGAUUUCAAAGAGCUUUCAAAAUUUAACUCAUCCAAACACAUAUUCACACACUUGAGCCAAAAUUUGUAUUUAUUUCUUCUAAGUGUGCUUGCUAAUCACUCUAGGUUUCUCAUUGUAUUAUCAUACUUCUAGAGUGAUUUUUGCUUGUAAUAUCAAACACAUUCCCAUAUUGAGAUUGAGGUGAGGUUGGCACCGGUUUUGUAAACAACCCGGUUAGAGUGAGAUUGGCACUUCAACAAUCCGAAAAAGAGGUUGAUAGUCCUUGGUGGUGGAAAACUAUUGUAAGAGGUUUGGAAAUACCUUGGUGAAAAAUUCCCGGUUGUAAGGGUUAGUCAAGCCCGCUAACUUGGCUCGAUAGUUGAACUCAAAGCUAGGUCCUUAGCUUUGAAGACCAAGGACGUAGGUGGCUUAGUUCUACCGAACCUUGUAAAAUUCGAGAGUUUGCGAUUUCUUAACCUUCAACUCUUUACAUUACAAGUUUAAUUAUUUGCUAUAUCUAUUUGAUUGCCAUAUUAUUUGCUUUUGCUUGAUAAAUUUGAUUUAUUGCAUAAUUUGGCAUAUUAAGUUUUAAAUUUCCGAAAUUAGUUUAAAUUUCCAAUUCACCCCCCCUCUUGGAAACAUAUCUUGGGUUAACAAUUGGUAUCAGAGCUAGGGCUCAUUUAUUUGAUUAGAUUUUACAAUCUAGAGCAUGGCGUUUCCAAGUAAUUCACAAAAUAACAUGUUAGAAGGUCUAAGCACAACUAGAGCACCAUUCUUUAAUGGAGUAGACUUUCCCUAUUGGAAAAUUAGGAUGGAAACAUAUCUUCAAUCUAUUGAUUAUGAUUUGUGGCAUAUAAUGUCUAAUGGUCCUUACAUUCCUAAACAUGUCAUUAAUGAUAAAGAAGUUAUUAAGACAUAUGAGGCAUAUGACGAAGAAGAUAAGAAAAUGCUUUCUAAGAAUGCUAAAGCUAAAUAUGCACUUAUAUGUGGAUUGGAUAGAGAUGUGUUCAAAAAUAUUGAACAAGCCUCUACCGCUCAUGAUAUGUGGAAAAUGCUUGAAGUCACUCAUCAAGGAACAAAUGCUAUGAAGGAAACUAAAAUUCAAAUUUAUUCUACUCAAUAUGAGAACUUUAAGAUGAAAGCGGAUGAAACUAUUGCUAACAUGUAUACUCGUUUCACUACUAUCACUAAUGGUUUGAAUUCUCUUGGCAAGGUACUUUCACAAAAGGAGAUGGUGACCAAGAUUUUGAGAAGUCUCACCAAAGCCUAUCAAGGCAAAGUGAUUGCCAUUCAAGAAGCCAAGGAUCUCUCAACACUUCCCUUGGAAGAACUAAUUGGCUCACUCAUGAACCAUGAAAUUUUCAUGAGUGCACAAGAUGAAGAGGAAGUUGAGAAGAAAAAGAAGACUAUUGCAUUCAAGUCUUCCUCCUCCCGUGCCAUUAGUGAGGAUGAUGAGGAUAGCAUGUGUAGUGACAUGGAGGAUUUGGCACUCUUCACAAAGAAGUACAAAAAGUUCAUGAAAUUCAAGAAGAACUUUGGGAAGAAGCCACAAAGAGGAAGUGAUUCAAAAGAAAAAGAAAGAAGGAGCAAAGAUGAUCCACCAAUUUGCUUCGAAUGCAAGAAGCCCGGUCACAUGAAGAUGGAUUGCCCAAUGAGAAAGAAAAAUAAAUACAAAGGAAGGGCAAUGUUGGCGGAUUGGCUCAAUAGUGAUGAGGAGGACUCCGACAAUGAGGAGAAGAAUGAAGUAGCUAACAUGUGCAUGAUGGCUCUUGAUGAUGGGGUAAGCAUUUCUAGCCAAAGUGAUUAUGAUAGUGAAAAUGAUGAUGAUAACUUAGAAAUACCAUAUGAUGAGUUGUCUAGUUCAUUUAAGGAUCUAUUUAAUGAUUUUGGAAAAUUGCUUGCUAAAAACCAAACUCUUAGAGAAAAGACCAACAUGCUAUUAAAAGAAAUUGAGAUUUUGAAAUUAAAUGAAAAAGAACUCUUAACUAAAUCUCAAUGUACUACUUGCUCCUCUUAUAAGAAAGAAAUUGGAAAAUUGCAUGAUAACAUAAAAAGCCUUAAGAAUGACAUAUAUACUUUUACAAAAGGUAAAGAAGGCUAUGAACUUAUGCUAGGGAGUCAAUCUUGUGGUUUUGAAAAAAGUGGUAUUGGAUAUGAUCCUAGUAGGAAACAAAAAUUUUUGAGAAACUUCUUUGUAAAACCAACUAGCCUACCACACUUUACAUGCACAUAUUGUAACCAAGAUGGUCAUACUAUUUCAUAUUGUCAUGUAAAGAGAUAUGCAUAUCUAGGCAAGACCAAAUGGGUACCAAAGGGUUCCAAAACUAACAAGAAAGGACCCAAAGUUGUUUGGGUACCAAAGGCCAACAAAUGAUUUUAUUUUUGUAGGAAUCAACAAGGA